CUUGGUCGUCUCGGCAUAUGCUCGGGGAAAUGGCAGUGGAUCGAGGAAUCUUCCUCUCUCGCUCGGCGGCAACCCCUCAGGUACGCAAGCGAGCGCAGACCACUCAACCACUAGCCCUCUCUCUCUAGCCCAACUUCCUUGGACACUACUAGGCGCCAAACUCGUGGGAUCGUAUCCGUAGAGCCCAUUCCCUGGUCCAGAAGAAACAGCCUCUUCCUUCGUCGCAUCGCUAUGGAGAUCGAUCGCGCCGUGAGGGAGGGCAGCGAUCGGAGGCUGCAGACCAAGUACCGGAACGCCGUCUAUGUGAUCCAGAGGGCUUUCGCUCUCUACGAGUUUGAGCAGGUAGCUUUCAGCUUUAAUGGGGGAAAGGACUCCACUGUUUUGCUGCAUUUAUUGCGAGCUGGCUAUUAUUUGCAUAAAGGGAAACCUGAAUGUUCAAAUGGGAGCCUGUCAGAUAGUGUGCUAAACUGUCCUAUUCGGACCAUCUAUUUUGAGAGCCCUUGUGCUUUCCCUGAGAUUAAUUCAUUUACUUAUGAAACUGCCACUGUUUAUGGUUUGCAACUGGAAACUAUUCACUCAGAUUUUAAGUCUGGCUUAGAGGCUCUGCUGAAGGAAAAACCUACCAAAGCUAUUUUCCUUGGAACCAGAAUUGGUGAUCCUAAUGCGGUUGGUCAAGAGCAGUUCUCCCCUAGUUCAAUUGGAUGGCCCCCUUUUAUGAGGGUGAAUCCUAUCUUGGACUGGUCUUACAGAGAUGUGUGGGCCUUCAUCUUAACCUGCAAAGUUCAGUACUGCAGUCUUUAUGAUCAAGGAUAUACUUCCAUUGGGAGCAUAUAUGACACAGUUCCGAAUGCAUUGUUGAGCAUUGCUGAUUCUUUAAAUGCUGAAGGGACUUUUAAACCUGCAUAUAUGCUUUCGGAUGGAAGGCUAGAAAGGGCUGGGAGAACAAAGAAGAUGCAUCUGAAAUGUAAUAGUACUUCUCCGAAUAAUGGUGUGAUCAGUGUUACGUCAAGUGGUUUCUUCACGGCAUCAAUUGUUGUUGUAGGUGAUGAGAUUCUGUUUGGCACUGCUGAGGACAAACUAAGUGCAGCAUUGUGCAAAAAGCUCUAUGGCAUUGGUUGGCAAGUAACUCAUGUGGCAGUUGUCCAGAAUGAAAUUGAUUCUGUGGCUGAAGAAGUUGAACGACGGAAGUUUACAAACGACCUGGUGUUCUUGUUUGGAGGAUUUGGCCCUAUGCAGUCUGAUGUUUCAUUAGCAGGUGUUGCAAAAGCUUUUGGAGUUCGGCUGGCUCCUGAUGAAGAGUUUGAGGAGUAUCUUAGGCAUCUUAUAGGAAAGCACUGCACUGGUGACCGAAACGAGAUGGCUCUAUUGCCUGAAGGCAUAACUGAGUUGCUGCAACAUGAAAAGCUGCCUCUGCCAUUGAUCAAAUGUCAAAAUGUGAUUAUUCUUGCUGCAACAAAUGUUUGUGAACUGGAAACUCAAUGGGAUUGUCUUCUUGAAUUACCUAAUACCCCAUUAGUGCAGUUGGCGCCAUUCGUGUCAAAGCAUCUUAGUAGCAUGCUUUCUGAUGUUGAAAUUGCUCAAACAAUAUCAAAGUUAUGCCUUGAAUUCCCAGAUGUUUAUAUAGGAUGCCAACGGAAAUCCAGGGUCCAGUCUCUCAUAAGUUUUGUUGGGAAGGACAAUACAAGAAUUGAAUUGGCUGCCGGGAGAUUGUGUAACAGCUUCCCAGAAGGAGCUUUCUCCGAAGUCAACUGUGGCUGAUGCAUUCAAUUAUUCAGGUUUGGCUGGUAGACGGAAGGCGAAGCUGAUCCUUGUAUUGUAGUUGGAGUGGAGGAGCCAUUCUCAAAGCUCUCUGUUCCUGCCCAACCACUCUUUGCACUUCUGAAGCAGCAGUUUCUUCGGUAAAGUACCAAUUAAACUGCUGAGUAAGGCAUCAGGCUUUCCUGUUUAUAAUUUAUUGACAUCCUAAGAAACUUUUCAAGAUCAAUACUGUACGUCCACGUUUUUCUUGGAGAAGGUUAAGAAACAAAAAAUUGAGAUAAACUCGAGUGACUUGUGGAAUCAGACUCGAACUACCCUCUUUGAUUUCACGCUGCAGAAAGCCAUUUGUUUGUCAAAAACCUACGGAACAGCGCGAUCGAUGAGACCCUUAUAUUAACGAGUCAAAGAACUGCAUCAAAUCCUUGGCUUUGUAUCCGAGCAGGUAAGCUCUCUGUAUGUACUUGAACUUAUUUUUCAAAUACCUGCGGUAGUACACAAAGUCGAAGAUAA